AUGAGCCAUUUAUUUGAAAGAAUUAAUUUAAAGAAUCAACAACAACAACAAAAAAUGUUAAUGAAUGAGACUGGAAGGAGAAAUUCUUUAUUUUUUGAUGUAAUUAAAGAUUGCCCUCAAUGGCUACCUAAUUUAAUUGAAAAUGAUCAAAAUCAAAAUUUGAUUGAAGCAACAACAAUUUCACAAACAAAUUUUGAAAAUAAAAUUUUGGAGGACAAUUUAACAAAAAUAGCAACAACAACAGAAAUUUCAAAUAAUUUUUCUUUAUUAAAUGACGAAAAUGAAGCAACAAAUCCAUUUAUUUAUCCACCAACAGAAUUGAUACCAAAAAAUAAUUUUGACAAUAAAAAUAAUCGAGAAGAUGUGCAAUAUCCGUAUUGGUUAAAAAUUGUUUUCUUUUGUGUUUUAGGUUUUGGAAUUGCUUUCUUUUUAUUAAUGUUUUUAAUUGGAAUUAUAACAAGAUGUGAAAAUGAAACAAAUAAUUCAACAAAUAUAGAAGAAAAUGUUGUACAAAUACAAUCUACUAGUAGAGGGUUUGAACGGAAUGAAGCUACUGAAGGGGGAAAAGGUUUUUUUUUUAAUUUUUUAAAAUUUUUUGGAAAAUUUUUCGAAAAAAUCUCACGAAACAUUUUUUUAGAUUAAAAAAAUAUUUUUCAAAAAAUUUUUGAAAAAUUUUUUUUUAAUUUUUGAAAAAUUUUUAAAUUUUCAAAAAAAUUUUUAAUUAUUUUUUUUCCGUUCUUUCUUCGCGUAAUAAUCGGUUUGGUCCAACAAGUAGUGGAAGUAUUGUUGUGAUAGAAGGACAAGGACAAUUACAACAGCAACAACAAUCUUCAACAUCAUUCUCAAAUUAUCCAACAACAACAACAAAUAUUAUUUCUUCCCCUCCAGGUUUAGUUACAACAACAGCAAUA